CGGCCGGCUCGCGCCAGCUUGGCGGAGCGCGGCCUCGAGACGUGUGCGCUGUGGCGCGAAGCGGACGUUCAAGGAGAGGAGACGAGAAAGCGCCUUCGCUCACUUUGUCACAGGAGAAAUACCCCAGUGCCCAUAGGAAGCGCCACCGUGUUCCAUCAACCCAAAGCAUCACACCUGUUCAUCAUAUGACAAUCAGCAACCAGCAGCACAAUUGUUCAACGAGUCUAGAGAUGCCACCAUCUGUCGGAGGUCCCCCAGCCAUCACUCCACCUGAUGGGGGCUGGGGUUGGGCUGUGGUUGUUGGGGCUUUUAUAUCUAUUGGCUUCUCCUAUGCCUUCCCAAAGGCCAUCACUGUCUACUUCAAAGACAUCCAGAAGAUCUUUGAUGCCUCUUACAGUCAGAUAGCAUGGAUAUCUUCCAUUAUGUUGGCAGUGAUGUAUGCUGGAGGUCCAAUAAGCAGUAUAUUGGUAAACAAAUAUGGCUGCCGACCCAUUGUGAUAAUAGGGGGCUUCCUGUGUGCAGUAGGAAUGAUAUCUGCCUCCUUCUGCAAUAAUGUGCUGGAGCUUUACUUUUGCAUCGGAGUUAUUGGUGGCCUGGGGCUAGCCUUCAACCUUCAGCCUGCUCUGACAAUGAUAGGGAAGUACUUCUUCAAGAAGCGGCCAAUAGCCAAUGGAUUGGCUAUGGCAGGGAGUCCAGUAUUCCUGAGCACACUGGCGCCACUGAACCAGUAUCUGUUCAAUUCGUUUGGGUGGAGGGGAAGCUUCCUGAUCUUGGGGGGACUACUGCUGAACUGUUGUGUGGCCGGGUCCCUGAUGAGGCCCCUGGGACCACCCGUCAAUACAAAAAGGAAAGGAUUUCCAGCCAAGGAUGCUGCUCCUAAGAAAGAAGAAACGACGGUCUGGCAAACUGUCAACAAAUACCUUGACCUCUCACUCUUCAAACACAGGGGCUUCCUCAUCUACUUAUUUGGGAAUGUCAUCAUGUUCCUGGGGUUCUUUGCCCCCGUUGUGUUCUUAGCUGCCUAUGCCAAAGACAUGGGCAUCGAUGAGUACUCGGCAGCUUUCUUGCUGUCUAUUUUAGCCUUUGUAGACAUGUUUGCAAGGCCUUCCAUGGGACUGCUGGCAAACACCAAAAUGAUCCGGCCAAAGAUCCAGUAUUUUUUCAGCUUUGCUGUGUUGUACAAUGGGGUAUGCCACGUUUUAUGUCCAUUGAUUGAAGGCUACACUGGCCUAGUUGUGUAUGCAGUGUUCUUUGGCUUUGCUUUUGGUAUGGUCAGCUCAAUCCUGUUUGAAACGCUCAUGGAUCUUGUUGGUGCCCAGAGGUUCUCCAGUGCUGUUGGACUGGUCACUAUUGUGGAGUGCUGCCCUGUUCUCAUAGGCCCACCUCUGGCAGGUAAACUGGUAGACAUCACCAAGAACUACAAAUACAUGUAUUUCUCCUGCGGAGCCGUGGUAAUUCUUUCCAGCAUCUGGCUGUUUAUUGGCAACGCCAUCAACUAUAGACUGCUGGAGAAGGAGCACAGAAAAGCAGUGCAGUGCAAAAAAACUGACAGCGAAGAUGAGAAGAAGGUUGAUAGAGGUCCCCAGGUCACGGAGAACCUGUGCACCCAUGCUGUGAAGGAGGAGGUCACCAUACAAGAAGAAACCAAUAUUUAAGCACAUUCCCUGCCCUCUCUGCUCACAGAAAAUGGAGGUGUUCAUACUGAUGCACAAAUGCCUCAACACUUCCCGUAGAUCGCUCCAAAGAGACAGUGCUACGAAAAACACUGUGCUAUGUCUGUGGCCCUUGGAAACCCUUUAUCCAAAACAGAGUUGAUUGUGCUGUUGUUAAAAUGAAGAAAACUCAAAUAGUGUGUGGUUAACCUAUUUCAUCUCUGAAAUUCAAGGCAGGAGCUUUCAGCUUCUUGUGUCCAGGGGCACAAAAAGAAACUAAUUUCUUUAAGAGCAGCGUAUGAAAGUCUUGUAAAAUGUUAUGCAAACUGUUUUUCAUUUUUUUACAUCAGACUGAAGGAGGGGAAACUUGGAAAAGAACAAUAUAUAAGAAAGCUUUGAUAGUAUUUUCCUAAAUAUUAUUGUACAAAUAUGAAUAUAUUACUGCACUGUCAGAUUUUGAAUCCAGGUGAUUUGUUACAGAUUUUUUUGUCUACAGAGAAAUAGUAAUUUGUCAGAGUAAUAAAAAAGGGGUUUAGAUUUGAUGUACAGUGCAUUCAUUUUGACACACUGCCUUAAAUACCACUCACAUUUUUAUUAAUGCAUUGAAAACUACUAAAAUUAUAACCUAUAAUGCUGAAAACAUGCAGUCUAUUACUAAAACUUACUUUACUUCAUGUAACCAUCCGACCACAAACAAUGAAUUUUCUGGAUAUGCCCGGCUACUGCAGGGUACUAAGAUCCAGAGUAACUCUCACACAC